AUGCUCAAGCAGUUGGAGAGGAAGGCAUGGACGUGUCCGAAAUGCAUACGAAACCACACCAGACGCGCGCUGGUCACAUCGUCCACAGCCAAAGGAGCGGCGGCGGCAGCGGCGAUAGCGGACGAAUAUGCACCACCAAUCUCGAGAGCGGCAACGAGCAUAACACACGACGAUAGAACACUUCGCCAGAUUUUCGAUUCACCCAACUUCUGGAGAGACUUCUCGAACAAGACGCAACAUCAAUAUGGCGGCAAAAAUGCAGGUCUUCUACAGAAUAAGUUCCUCACAAGACCGCAAGGCUUCGAGGACUUCGCCAAUGUCACACUCCAGAAGUGCCAGCGCAUUGUUGCGCAAGUACUCAAGUAUGACAGCUUGGAGCAAUAUAAAAACAUCACGCGAGAUAUGGAUCGACUAAGUGACUUGCUAUGUCGUGUCAUUGAUCUCAGCGACUUCAUUCGAUCCGUUCAUCCGGACAGGCAGAUACAGGCUGCUGCGAGCAGGGCGUACGCGAUGAUGUUCCAGUACAUGAAUAUCCUAAAUACCACUAGAGGAUUGGAUACACAGUUAAAGAAGGCUGCGUCGAUUCAAGAAGUAUGGCAGUCAUGGAGCGAAGAGGAGAAAUCUGUGGCCGAUAUCCUAAUUCGGGACUUCGCGAAAAGUGCCAUCGAACUGCCGGAGAAGGAUAGACAGGCCUUCGUGGACAUCUCGGACGAGAUCGCGGUCGUCGGCAACGAGUUUGUCGAAAACAUGGCUGCAGAGAAACCACUAUUGGCCAUUGAGAGCAGCAAGAUGAAGGGAAUGGACCCAGUAUUCGUAAGACAAUUGACAAAAUGGGGCCUUGUCAAUCUGCCAACCGAAGGUAUGCCAGCAACACUAGCCUUACGAUCAGUGGAAGAUCCGGACACCCGACAAGAGAUAUACCUGGCGAACAGAACUUCCUCCAAAUCGAACAUUAAUAGACUAGAGCGCUUGCUGAAAAAGCGGGCGGAAUUGGCAAAGUUGUCGGACUACGAGAGUUUUGCACACAUGACCUUGACUGACAAGAUGGCCAAAACGCCCGAGGCCGUGGCUUCCUUCCUGGAUGGCUUGGCCCAAGUGAAUGCACCACAGGUCAGAGACGAGCUCCAGGAAUUGCUAGAGCUAAAGAAAGGCGACGCACAUUCGGAAAACUUCCCAGACCGAAUCAACGCUUGGGAUCGAGAUUACUACACGGCGAAGCUACUCUCAUCUGUAAGGUCGAAAGCACGCACGCCGGACAUUCUCAGCGCAUAUUUCUCUUUAGGCACGGUCUUUCAAGGCCUGUCUCGCCUCUUUCACAGACUCUACGGUAUCCGUCUUGUGCCACGCGAGACUAUGCCAGGCGAAACCUGGAAUGACGAUGUGAGGAGGCUUGAUGUGAUCGACGAUCAUGAAGGCCACAUCGCUGUUGUCUACUGCGAUCUCUUCGAGCGAGCUGGGAAGUCACCCAAUCCCGCUCACUUUACAUUGCGCUGCUCGCGGCGCAUUGGUGAUGAGGAGAUGCAAGAAGCUGCAUACAUAUCGUCUCAACCAGACUCACCCUUCUCGACCGCGCAGGAAGCAGUCAACGAUGGCCUAGCAACCAAUUAUAAUCCGCGUGAUGGCAAUGCCCUCUACCAGCUCCCGACCAUUGCCUUGAUUUGUGACUUCUCCCUCCCUGCAGAUCAUACCUCUUCUCACCGACGACCAACGCUCCUCACAUUCCGUGAGCUUACGACACUCUUUCACGAGAUGGGCCAUGCACUGCAUUCAAUCUGCGGCAGGACCGCAUUGCAAAACGUCUCUGGAACACGUUGCGCCACCGAUUUCGCCGAGCUGCCCUCAGUCUUGAUGGAGAACUUCGCAUCUGCACCCGAAGUGCUCGCUCUCUAUGCCCGGCAUUGGGAAACAGAUACACCUCUGGACCCAUCACGAAUUCAAGAAAGAGUCGAAAUCGACCGCAGGAUGCAAGGCGCUGAGAUUGAAUCACAAAUCCUGCUCGGCAUACUUGAUCAGCAAUACCACUCUUCCCUACCCCUGAGCUGGAACAAAGAAGGCGAUUCCACACGGGUCUACCACGAAGUCUGGAACAGGUACUCAGCAGUUCCUGAGCCCCAGGGCACAUCUUGGCAGGGUUUCUUCGGUCACCUCUUCGGAUACGGUGCGACGUACUACUCCUACCUUUUCGACCGCGCUAUCGCUGGAAAGAUCUGGCGGGAUGUCUUUCAGCGCCAAGUUGGAGAUGCUGUGAAUCCUGAGCAAGGGCAUUUGUUCCGCGAGGAAGUGCUUAGAUGGGGAGGCGGAAGAGAUGGCUGGCAUUGCAUUUCUGGUGCGCUCAAAGAUCAGACUGGCGUUCUGGCUGAGGGUAGUAAAGGAGCUAUGGAACAGGUCGGGAAAUGGGGAGUCACGGAUUCCAACUGA